UCCCUUCUCCUUUAUAUAUAUCCACAAUCCCCAUUUCACUUUCCUCAUCAUCACUACUGUCUCAAGAAAUGAUGCCUCCCGAGCAAGAAAAUGGAGUUGCACCAACUAAUCAAACCGAACCGCCCGUUUCAACAAGUAACGUGAGUCCCUGCCCCGAACCCGACCGGGUCCGCUUCUCGGUUCUACGUCACUCCCUUCACCCCAUCACUCUUAAGUUCGAGGACGUGUCGUAUUCGAUCAAGAUAGAGAGCGGUCAAGGCUGGUGCUCAUCGCCGAAGCCCAAGAUCACCCGAGCCAUACUUCACGGCGUCAGCGGCACGGCCCGGCCCGGGGAGCUCAUGGCGAUGCUGGGCCCGUCCGGGAGCGGCAAGACGACCCUCCUGACCGCCCUGGGAGGGAGGCUGCCCGGGAAGAUCUCGGGCAGCAUAACCUACAACGGGGGGCCCUUCUCCAGCGCCACGAAGCGCCGCACUGGCUUCGUGGCGCAGGACGACGCACUCUACCCGCACCUCACCGUGCUCGAGACGCUCACCUACGCCGCCCUGCUGAAGCUGCCGAGCUCCCUCACGUUGAGGGAGAAGGCGGAGCAGGCAGAGAUGGUGGCGGCCGAGCUCGGCCUCACGAGGUGCGGGAACAGCGUGAUAGGGGGGGCCCUGCUGCGCGGGGUGUCGGGCGGGGAGAGGAAGAGGGUCAGUAUAGGGCAGGAAAUGCUGGUUAACCCGAGCCUGUUGCUGCUCGACGAGCCCACCUCCGGCCUCGACUCCACCACAGCGCAGCGGAUCAUUGCCACGCUGCGCUGGGUGGCGCGAGGCGGGAGGACGAUCGUCACGACUAUACACCAGCCGUCGAGCAGGCUCUUCAGGAUGUUCGAUAAGGUGGUGGUGCUGUCGGAGGGGAGCCCUAUUUAUAGCGGCGCCGCCGCGAGAGCGAUGGAUUAUUUUGCUUCUAUUGGAUAUGAGCCAGGGUUUAAUUUCGUCAAUCCUGCUGAUUUUCUCUUGGAUCUUGCUAACGGUGUCACUCCGGAUCCAAGACAGGAAGAUGAUGAUGAUCAAAAUCAAGAAUUCCAUGGGAGGCAAGAUGAUCUUCAGUCAACCAAACAAUUCCUCAUUCACUCAUACAAAAAGAAUUUGCAUCCUCUUCUCAAGGAAGAAAUUCAUCAACAAGAGCAACAAGAUUCCACUAAAUCAUCGUCAAGAUGUUGGGACAAUCAAUGGACAACCAACUGGUGGUUGCAAUUUAAGGUUUUACUAAGCAGAGGACUAAAAGAAAGAAAGCAUGAAUCAUAUUCCGGCUUAAGGAUGUUCCAAGUCAUGUCUGUUUCAAUUCUAUCCGGACUUCUAUGGUGGCACUCCGACGCCAAUCACAUUCAAGAUCAGGUGGGAUUGUUGUUUUUCUUCUCAAUUUUCUGGGGUUUCUUCCCUUUGUUCAAUGCCAUAUUCGUGUUCCCUCUAGAGAGGCCGAUAAUCAUGAGAGAGCGAUCCUCAGGCAUGUACCGCCUCUCGUCUUACUACAUUGCAAGAAUGGUUGGUGAUCUACCAAUGGAGCUAGUUCUCCCCACCAUAUUUGUUACAAUCACAUAUUGGAUGGGUGGCCUAAAGCCCUCCCUCGUCACUUUUGCCCUAACCCUGGCCAUCGUCCUUCUGAACGUGCUAGUGGCCCAGGGGCUGGGGCUAGCCCUAGGCGCCAUCUUGAUGGAUGUCAAACAAGCCACGACACUCUCCUCGGUGUUGAUGCUCGUGUUUUUACUGGCUAGUGGGUACUACAUUCAGCACAUACCGAUGUUCAUCGACUGGAUGAGGUACAUCUCCUUCUCCCAGUACUGCUAUAAGCUCUUGGUCGGGGUACAAUACUCAGUGAACGAGGUCUACGAGUGCGGGCAUGGAUCGUGCAGGGCGUAUGAUUUUCCCGCCAUAAAAUCCCUCCAGAUUCAUAACAUGGCGGUUGAUGUGGCUGCUUUGGUGCUUAUGCUUCUCGGGUAUAGGGUUUUGGCUUAUCUAGCUUUGAGGUUGGGACACCAACACUAACAACUUCUCAAAUUAUUUCAACAAAUGUAUCCAACUUUAUUUACUGGACUUAAUUUAUUAUUUUGUAACAUCUACUUUGUUCAAUUGAAAUUCAAAAGAACUUCGAUACAUGCUAA